CUCAGCUUAGAUCGCGUUGCUUUAUUUUCCUUAUCUUUUCCGCAUGCGGGUGUUAUCUCCUGGAGUUUCCGCCCUGAACUCACCUCUUCCGCAACAUGUACACCCUGCCGGUCUUGAUUGCGGCCUUAUUUCUACAUGUCAAGUUCCCCUUACUUCCGGGUCUGAGAGACACCCUCUAUGGCAUCAUCGUCCUCAGCGCCUGCUGCGCCAUUUUCUACCCGCCCGAUACCAGGGACUUUAUAAGAUAUACCAAUGCAUUUCUCUCUACCUCCUUUGUCAUCCGCGCUGUGGAACUCCUCCUGGUCCAUGAUCUGAGUCACUUGAAGCGCCUGCAAAGGGUGUCUUACCUAUCCUCUUCACCCGUAUAUACAUGGGAACCCAUAUCUCCCACGCUAGGGUGGAAGCGUUUUGUUCAGAUCUGCGAUCUAAUCAUCAACCCGCGCGCUGUGGGUUGGAGCUACGGCUCUCCCAAGUACCAGCCUCCCGUCCGGAAGCUCGAAGCUGCCCCGGACGGCGCAAAUGGGUGCGUUCCUAAACGCGAGGACAUCGUCCUGGUAGCAGAUGACGACCGCUUCUCGUUCUUGAGAGGCAAGAUCGUUCGGGCUCUUGUAGCCUACUUUAUCAUCGACUCGUAUCAGUCAGCCAUUGGACGGAACUACUCCAGCGUCAGCAACUUCGUAGAGACAUUUCUGACCAAUGUGCUGGACAUUCAAGCAUCCCCGGCUACGACUGAGGGCGUAAUUCGGUUGUUCAUCCUCCCACCAGUACACUGGAUGGCCUCCUACGCCUUCGUAGACGGAAUCCACGCCGCCACCGGCGUAAUCUCCGUCGGUGUGCUUCGGAUCAUCUCUCCACAGCUCGCAGCGGAACCAUGGAUGUAUCCCCCUGUCUUCGGGGCGAUCCGAUACAUGUUCACCUUUAGCUUACGAGACAUCUGGGGCAAAAUGUGGCACGACCUCUGCCGUCGCCCAUUCCUGGCCCUCUCCCUCUCCCUCAUCCCGGACUCAUGGCCCCUAGGCCUCAAACGCUUCCUCGUCGUUUGCCUGUCCUUCAUGGUAUCAGGCGUCGUUCACGCAGCAGGCACCUACGCCGUCUCGAAGGACUGGUUCGCCGCGUCCAUGAUGAUGUUCUUCUUCUGCGUUCUGCCAGCAUGUGUGGUCGUGCAGCAGAUAAUUUCCGAUCAGAUUCUGCCGCGUGUCCUUCCCGCGAAGAGUAACAUCUCUCGAGUCGUUAUUUGGCUCGUGGAUGCGGCGUUCGUGGCCGCAUGGGGCUAUUAUACUAGUCCGUGGUUCUUGAAUUAUAGUAGACUGCCGGAGGCGAUUGAAUCCAUUCCGAUGCCGGUUAGUUUCUGGGGGGUGGUGCUUUGGGUUUAG